AUGGAGUCCGGCAGUAACUGGCUGUCCAGUGUGAAUGUCGUGCUGGUGAUGCCCUACGGGAGCCUGGUAUUUGUACUGCUGUUUAUUUUUGUGAAGAGGCAAAUCAUGCGCUUUGCAAUGAAAUCUAGAAGGGGACCUCACGUCCCUGUGGGACACAACGCCCCCAAGGACUUGAAAGAGGAGAUUGAUACUCGACUAUCCAGGGUUCAGGAUAUCAAGUAUGAACCACAGCUCCUUGCAGAUGAUAACACAAGGCUGCUACAGCUGGAAACCCAGGGAAAUCAAAGUUGCUACAACUAUCUGUAUAGGAUGAAAGCUCUGGAUGCCAUCCGUGCCUCUGAGAUCCCAUUUCAUGCUGAAGGCCGGCAUCCUCGUUCCUUGAUGGGCAAGAAUUUCCGCUCCUACUUGCUAGAUCUGCGAAACACUAGCACUCCUUUCAAGGGUGCGCACAAGGCCCUCAUUGGCACCCUGCUGGAUGGUUAUGAGACAGCCAGCUAUGGCACGGGAGUCUUUGGCCAAAGUGAGUACCUGCGCUAUCAGGAGGCCCUGAGUGAGCUGGCCACUGUGGUCAAAGCACGAAUUGGGAGCUCUCAGCGACAACACCAGUCAGCAGCCAAAGACCUGACUCAGUCCCCUGAGGUCUCCCCUACGACCAUCCAGACCUUGCAGAGGGCCUCGAGACUUAAGAAGAUGGUUGACAGGUGGCAGAAUUCACAUACUCACUGCAUGUGGCAGAUGACCCUGAGCUAGAGGAGAAACCCGUAUGCUGUCCUACAGCUGCAGGGCACC